AUGUCGCCUCCGGGAGAUGGUCAUUUUCCUCUCCAUGCGAAUAGGAGGAGCCCUCAGUUUUACCCGACUGUGUCACUAACGAAGAGGACAAGCCCAGGUGCUGAGGAGAGGGAAAGAGCGAUAGGGGUGGUGUGGUUUCUGCAGGUAAACAUAAGUAAUCCCGAGCACAGAGAGGCAAGUGCGGAGUUUAGCCCACACCCAGCACGCUUGCGGACACCGUACGGAUCCACCUGUGUUGUUGUAUCUUCCAUUUUCAGCAACCCGCGGGUGGGAAGCAGCCAAUGCGCUCUCGACUGUGGACCAUGUUCGCAGGUCAGAGGAUGCGUAAAAAUGCGUAGUAACUGGAAUAGCAGGUGCUGGAAGAAGGGCGUCCGACUGUCAACACGUCUAAACUGUGCGCAUAGCGCCGAGCGCUGAUGUUCAAACCAUGGAGAAGCAAGCUCUUGCAACGGCUCUUAGCUUGUCCAUGAGCGUUAUCUCUUUACUCUUGUUGGUCACUGCUAUUUUCACCGACCAUUGGUACGAGACAGACACCAGAAGGCAUAAGGAGAACUGCGACAAGUAUGGGUCGGAUUCUAACGACCAGAAAAACAGGGAGAUGCCUAUAUACCACUUGCCUCUUGUGGACAACGGCAACUCCAAACGGAACGUGGCGCUUAUGAAGCCGAUUCACGUCGGGAGUAGAGAGGAGGAAUUACUUGAGAACUGGAGGGCAAUACUGGGGAUGGGGAUUCUUGAGACGGAAUGUGGGCGUCCGUUGUUCUCCACAUAUUCUGGACUCUGGAGAAAAUGCUACUUUCAAGGCAUGGACCGGGAUAUCGAUAAACUCAUAUCAAAGGGUAUUGCGGACCGAUGCACAACUGUCAAGUACCAUUUCUCUCAGCCUAUUCGGCUUCGAAACAUCCCGCUCAACCUGACGAGAACCAUUCAGCAAGAUGAAUGGCAUCUCUUACAUCUGCGGCGAAUCACGGCAGGGUUCCUUGGGAUGGCGGCCGCCGUUUUGCUGUGUGGCAGCAUUGUGGCCACAGUGGGCUUCUUUUGGGAGGAGAGCCUCACCCAGCACGUCUCCGGCCUGCUCUUCCUCAUGGCAGGGAUAUUCUGCACCAUCUCCUUGUGCACCUACGCCGCCAGUGUCUCCUACGACCUCUCCCGGAACCCACCCUUCAUCUAUGGACUGCCCGGCGACGUGGACCAUGGUUACGGCUGGUCCAUCUUCUGCGCCUGGGUCAGCCUGGGACUUACCGUGGCAUCGGGCUGCCUCUGCACCACCUACCCCUUCUUCAGCCAAACCAAGGCCCUGCACUCCAAAACCGCCCGGGAGUCCUCGGUAUGAGCGUUAUGAGCAGUGUGAGAGAAUUGUGCGCCCCCUGUAGAUUUGGAGGAUGAAUUGUUGGUGUGGACAUUUUGUUGCUGACUGAAGACUAAUAUAAGAGGAGAUGUUUUAUUUGUACGAAACCAGAGAUGAAACAAUAGUUUCCACAGUAAGAUAUGGGAAUCUUUUUGGUCUUUUUUGUAGACUCUCGACAUCCUUUAUCGAGGUGUUAUGGAAGGUGCAGCUGUUAUGAUGUGUUAUGUGUGUGUUUGUAUGUGCACACAGGCAAACUCACACAUACAUAUGGACCUACACAUGUGUACACAAGCACACACACAGUCUCUCUCUCUCUCUCUGUCUCUCUCUCUCUCCAAGAUAUGGAGAACAAUAUGAGAGUGAAUAACAUGAAACGAUGCAAAUACCCACACAGGCAUACCACACACAUAAAACAUGUGUGUAUAUAUUAGCAUAUAUACGAAAAAGGCAGAAUUCUUAUGGGUGGUUUGGUAAGAUUGAAUCAAAUGGACAUUGUAUAAAACUACUAGUAUCACUUUAAAAGCAAGAACCCUCCUUUUUUUCAGAUGUAAGUGAUAUAUUUUCUAAACUCUUAAGUACAAAACUCUAAACUGAUAGCAUGUGUAAUGCCCCCUAUCUUAUGUUCAGAACCUUUGAUUGUGCAUUCAUUGGAGUUUCACAUCUUUGUUUUCCAUUAAAUACCAUGAGCACAUUUUGGUUAGUCACCAAUACAUCAGAUAAUGAUCGGCUCACCAUGUAGUCAUUUUAACUACUAUUUUCAGUUGUUGUUCUUUUC